AUGGCGCUUCCGAGGGGAAGGUUUUCUUCCCCGUCCCUAACCGGGGAGACUGAAAACUACGACCCUGUUGGAUCCAUCUUAAUCCAGGUCCAUGAAGAUCUUUAUCAAUUAAAGGAUAAAUUAACAAAAUUCCCACUUGAGGGAAAAGGAAAGACUCUAGACAUUCAAAAUCUUGAAACAGCAAUUGAAAGGACUGAAAUGGGGUUAAGAAUGCACAUUGAGAAGUAUUUAAGUGUUGUAAACCACCAUGUGUUAACGACUCCUGUUACUGACAAGAGCUUAUAUUCUCCUCAGGCUUCCAAAUGGUUGCUUCCAGCUGUAGUUGAUCAGAAAUCAUUUAUUUUCCCCCUGGAUUCUGGGUGUAAACUUUGGCAGCCCCAAAAGCAGCACAGUCCAAGUCGACAUACCUUUCCAAAAGUAAAGCGGAAGAUAGGGUUGAAUGUAAAAAUCAUGCAGGAUCCUGAAAACAUCCACCACAGAGCUGCUGUAAAUGCGAGCUAUGGAAUCAGUUUGCCAUAUAUUAAUCAGAGAAAAGCAUGUUAGGUCGUUAUAGUUAUAAGGAGACAAGAAGAAAUCCCUGGUACUAGUUUUAUUUACCCACCACCAUUUAGUUCCAGUUAGAAUUUAUAAUACAACACACUGAAAGAUCUACAGAAAAUUUGACUUUGAUUUAUUUUAUUCUAACUAAAACGGGUUUCUUAAAAGGCUUGAAACAUGUAUCUGUUAACAUGAAUUUUAAAAGAAAGAUUAGGAAUGCAUAACAAAACAGCCCAACAAAGCACUGCUUUGAAUAGCUGCACAAAUAACUCUGAUUAUAACUGUUAUGACCCAGAAAAGAAUCAUAAAAACAUUUUUCUUUCUGGCAAGAUAUGAGUUACUGUAGAAUUAUGCCAGUUCUUUGGUCCCACUUUCCAAAUAAAUAAAUAUAUAAUGCAAUGUAAA